AUGGAAACCUCACUUCACCAAUCUCCAGCUGCCUCCCUGACAUCAGGCAAGCACAAUGACGGCUUCGUCGAGCGGGCUGAGCCUGAGGGCGUCACCGACCCCGGAGCCACGUACGGCUAUGCAGCCAUGUACGCCGAGGCCCUUGAAAGAUACCCGGACGACGACUCCGUCGAUGCCGCCGCCGAGAAGGAGCUCCGUCGGAGGCUCGACAUGCGCAUCCUCCCCCUUCUAGGGAUCUGCUACUUCUUCUACUACGUCGACAAGACGACGCUCUCAUACGCCGCCAUCUUUGGCCUCAAAGACAGUCUCGACCUGGAGUCGACCGAGUACUCGUGGCUCUCGAGCGCCUUCUACUUCGGCUGGCUCAUCUGGGCCAUCCCGUCCAACCUCAUCAUGCAGCGGAACCCGCCGGCCUGCUACCUCUCCUUCAACAUCUUCAUGUGGGGGGCUCUGCUCAUGUGCCAGGCCGCCGCGCGCAGCUUCCCCAGCCUGGUCGCCCUGCGCAUCCUGUCCGGGGCCUUCGAGGCCAUUGCCGACCCGGCCUUCAUGCUAAUCACGUCCAUGUACUACACCAGGGAGGAGCAGCCGUCGCGCAUCUCGGCAUGGUACGCGUGGAACGGGAUUGGGGUGGCUGGUGGUGGUCUUAUCGGCUAUGGUAUCGGAAAUAUCGAGGGCGCCCUCGUAUCGUGGCGGUACGAGUUCCUCAUCGUCGGCGCCGCCUGCUCCGCCUGGGCGGUUGCCCUGGCCCUGCUGCUGCCCAGCUCGCCCAUCACCAUCCGGGGCUUCACCCACGACGAGAAGCUCAUGAUGAUCGGCCGGCUGCGAAAGAACCAGACGGGCAUCGAGCAGCGGACGAUCAACUGGUCCCACGUGAAGGAGGCCUACCUCGACUACAAGACCUGGCUCUUCUGUCUGCUCGGCUUCUUGGCAAACAUACCCAACGGCGGCAUCUCCAACUUUUCCACCCUGGUCAUCCAGGGGCUCGGCUUCGACACACUCCACACCGCCCUCCUGGGCAUCCCCCAGGGCGUCAUCAUCGUCAUCUGGAUCACGCUCGGCGCCGUGGCCAACCACUACAUGCCCCGCAAUAGCCGGACGCUCGUAUGUGCGGUGUUCAUGAUCCCGACCAUCGCAGGGGCUCUGGGCUUCCUCCUCGCUCCCGACGAUGCGUACGUCGGUCGUCUGAUCUGCUUCUACCUGACCGGCUCCUACCAGGCAUCCUUUGUCAUCUCCCUCUCCCUCAUCACCUCCAACACGGGAGGUCAGUCGAAGAAGAUGAUUGUCUCGGGCAUGAUCUGGUUCGGUGCCUGCGUCGGAAACAUUGUCGGGCCCUUCUUUUACCUGACCUCUCAGGCUCCCAGCUACCGAAUGGGCAUCGGGUCCCUCCUGGCCGCCAACAUCCUCGAGGUCAUCGUCCUCUUCACCCUCCGAUACUCGUUCAUCUGGGAGAACAAGCGAAAGAGGAAGAGGCGUGCUGCGCUCCGGGAGCAGGGGAGCAGCGUGGCCGAUCGGACUAACGCGACGGCUUUCGCCGACAUGACGGACAAGGAGAAUCCGAACUUUGAGUAUGUGUAUUAG